ACAAACAAAAUAGUAUAAAACUAUAUAUAUAUAUAUAUAUAUAUCUCAAAUAUCAGAUAACAAAAAUCAAUCCUCCAUCACAACAAAAACAACUUCCCCCUUAAGAAAUGGAUUCACUCCAUCCUAACCGUUCCAAUCUCGAAGACGAAGAAGAAAUGGACACUAAACCCUUAAAACACGACGACUCAGCUCCCACUUCUUCUCCUUCAUGGUUCACCCCCAAAAGGUUACUCUCGAUCUUCUGCGUAAUUAACAUGAUAAAUUAUGUGGAUCGAGGUGCAAUAGCAAGCAAUGGUGUAAAUGGUAGUCUUGGGACUUGCACGGAUGGUGGAACUUGCACUUCCGGUAGCGGGAUUCAGGGAGAAUUCAACUUGAGCAAUUUUGAAGAUGGUGUUCUUUCUUCUGCAUUUAUGGUAGGACUUCUUGUGGCAUCUCCAAUAUUUGCAUCCUUGUCAAAAAGCCACAAUCCCUUUAGGCUUAUUGGAGUUGGGUUAUCUGUUUGGACAUUGGCUGUAAUUGGGUGUGGUUGUUCCUUUGAUUUUUGGUCCAUCACAAUAUGUCGCAUGCUGGUUGGUGUCGGAGAGGCUUCUUUCAUAAGUCUUGCUGCUCCAUUUAUAGAUGAUCAUGCUCCUGCUGCUCAGAAAACAGCAUGGCUUGCAACAUUUUACAUGUGUAUACCAGCUGGAGUUGCUCUAGGCUAUGUUUAUGGUGGAUUGGUUGGAGACUAUUUGAAUUGGCGAUUUGCAUUUUGGGUAGAGGCCAUUUUUAUGCUUCCAUUUGCUGUUUUUGGUUUUGUGAUGAAACCUUUGCAACUAAAAGGAUUUUCUCCUAUUGAAUCAAAAACAUCAUCAACAUCUGUUGAAAUUGCUUCGCCUGUAAUUGAAGAUUCAGAGGUCUCUGAUAUAAAUGGUCAUGAUGCGGUUCGUGUUGAAGGUAUCAUGGCUCAAGCCUCUGAUAAAGGUUCUGAGUCAGAGGGUGCAUUUGGAAUUAUGAAUCGGUUUUCUAGAUUUUCAGAAGACAUGAAAGUGCUUUUGCUGGAUAAAGUUUAUGUUGUGAAUGUUUUAGGUUACAUAGCAUACAACUUUGUCAUUGGAGCAUACUCAUACUGGGGACCAAAGGCUGGUUAUAACAUUUAUCAUAUGAGUGAUGCAGAUUUGUUGUUUGGAGGGAUCACUAUCGUUUGUGGAAUUUUUGGGACGUUAUCUGGAGGCCUCUUCCUGGAUUAUAUGGGUGCCACAAUCUCUAACGCUUUUAAGCUUCUUUCUGGAGCUACAUUUCUAGGUGCAAUUUUUUGUUUCAGUGCCUUCUGUUUUAGAAGCUUGUAUGGUUUUAUACCUCUUUUCUCAGUGGGUGAGCUACUAGUGUUUGUCACUCAGGCUCCUGUUAAUUAUGUGUGUCUCCAUUGUGUCAAACCAAGUAUGAGGCCAUUAGCUAUGGCUAUGUCGACUGUUUCAAUCCACAUCUUUGGUGAUGUGCCUUCCUCACCUCUUGUUGGGGUCCUUCAGGAUUAUGUUAACAAUUGGAGGGAAACAGCACUUAUUCUGACAUCCAUUCUGUUUAUUGCUGCUGGAAUAUGGCUUAUAGGGAUCUUCCUGAAAAGUGUGGACAAGUUUAAUGAAGGUGAUGAAAAUGAAGUCUCUACGGUUGAGAAGGCCAACAUGAAGCCAUUGCUGGGAGUGAACAGAAAUGAGAUGAUAGAUGACCCUGGCGAAGCAUAAGUUUCUAUGAUAAUAUGUUGAAACUUAUGCUUUGACAAGUAGUUGAACUAUGCUUUCUCCCUGAUGCAGUGCAUUCUGCUUUCUUCAUCCUGAAUAUAGUGCAACAUUUGAUAGUUUAUUUGGGUCUUUCCUAACGGGUGAUUUGUGGUGGAAAUAUACAGCAUUGUUAUAGGUUUCUUAAGAUUUUCCUCCAAUCUCUAACUUGAUAAUUGGACAAAAGUAAGCAGCUAUCGUCUCUUUCUGGUUCAGAGUCUUUAAAGUGAGCAACUUGAUGAAAAGGUACUUGACAACUUAUUUAAGAGUGGAUCUGAAAAACUCCUGUUCAUCUAUAAGAUUCUAGUGCUGUCGGAUGACAAGUGUUAGGUUGCCACUUGGGUAAGAUUGCUGUCAAAAUUUGUAUGUUGAAGAUUUGUGAGAGAUCAUGCAAAGCUAAAACUGUAUUUCCACCUUCAAUCAGUAAGAAAACAAGCAGGUAAAUGUUAAGGUUGAGCUUUGCUAUUUGUUUGUCAGAGAAAUUGUUGAUAGCAACAGUUUGUAACAAGAAUUUUUUUGAAUCGUUCACAGUACAUUUUUUCUGGUGUAUAGUCUUCAACAAUUAUGUAAAUAAAAUUUAUUUGUUGACAAGUUACAACAACGAAGCCAUAAUGCUAAAUUUUGGGGGUCAAUUAUGGAUCCUCAAUAAAUUAA